AAAUAGUACGGGCAGGAGGACAGCAAGGCAAAUACUGCUGGCCUCUCCAAUUCUUGUUUCUUGGGCCAUAGUCCAUCCGUUUUCACUCCUUUCCAGAUUACCCUUUUAGUUUUUUUUUUCUUCUCAACUUUUGUACUUAACUACUUUCUAUUUAGUUUUUGUUGUUUUGUUUUUUACAAGUAAUUUUUGCUCUCUGACUCUCUCUAGUCUCUACAUAGGAAGAAGAGAGAGAGAGAAAGAAAUGGAAAUCCUUAUUGGAAUUGGGAAGGUGAUGAUGAUGAGAUAUGAAUAAGCCGUAUCUUGGGGUCGACGGACUCUCCAACAAAAACCCCAGGGAAUUUAGAGCAUUGCCUAGGGUUUUUGUGAGAAUACCAUUUAGGUGGGAGGGUGAAUUUUCAUGGGUUGAACUGAAGAGUUAAUAAUGAUGGGGAGUUUAACUGAAGAGGAAGAUCAAUUUUUUGAUACCCGUGAAGAUAUCACUUCUGUAUCUGAUUCAGGAUCCGAUUGCCCUGAGAAUUCUGAUUCUGAACAUGCUACAUCCAUCAAUUCAGUGCCUUCUAACGUUGGAUUUGAAAUUUGGGUUAAAAACCCGAGUAGUAUUCGUGAACGACGUGAUAAAUUCCUAAAAUGGAUGGGGUUAAGCAUAGAUCAGAUUGCAAGGGAAGGUGCCUCUAACGUGUGGUGUGAUGAAAUUGAAGUGGAAACUGAUAGAAUUCUGGAGAAGAGUGGAGCGGCCUUAGGAUCAUCAAGUUUUAAUGAUGGUUGUUCUUCCAGUCAGUCUUCUGUUUCUUGUUCGUCAAGUGAUGCCAGGGAGUUGUUGGAUAGGGCGUUGGAUGAUAAUCUUGUGUGUAGGAUUAAGAAUUUGGAUGAUGGGACAGAGUUCAUUGUGGAUGAGCUUAGUCAGGAUGGCAAGUUCAGGAAACUGCGGGAAGUAGGGUCUAAUCAUUUGCUUACAGUCAAUGAAUUUGAAAGGAAGCUUGGCUUAUCCCCCGUUAUUCAACAAGCAAUGCGGCGGGAAGUCAAAGAUGUUUCGGAUUUAGGGCCAGAAAGAAAGCAGGGGAAACGGGGAUGGCUUAGGCGAUUAGGUACUGUUGCUUGUGUUGUUGAUAGGCAGGUUGAAUCUGCUUGUACGAUAUCCAAUGAUUGUUACCUGAAUGCAGAAGCUAGGAUUCAACUGGUUCGAGUUAGAUCAUACAAAAAGCGGUCAAAGGAGUUCUCAGCUCUUUACAAGGGACAAGAGAUCCAGGCCCAUGAAGGGUCAAUCUUAACAAUGAAAUUUAGCCCUGAUGGUCAGUAUCUUGCAAGUGCAGGUGAAGAUGGUGUUGUGCGUGUGUGGCAAGUGUUGGAGUCUGAACUAUCAGGGAAUUCUGACAUUCAUGAUGUCAAUCCUUCCUGUGUCUAUUUCACAGUAAAUAACUUUUCUGAGUUAGUUCCUCUUCACGUAGACAAAGAGAAAAAUGGCAAAUCAAAGAGGGUGAAGAAAGUUUCGGGCUCAACUUGUGUCGUCUUACCUCAGAAAGUUUUUCGAAUUUUGGAUAAACCUAUCCAUGAGUUCCGUGGGCAUUGUGGUGAGGUCCUGGACCUCUCUUGGUCAAAGAGUAAGCAUAUUCUUUCAUCCUCUGUUGACAAGACAGUUCGCUUGUGGCAAGUUGGAUAUGACGAAUGUCAGAAAGUAUUUUCCCACAAUAAUUAUGUGACAUGCGUUCAGUUUAAUCCUGUGGAUGAUGAUUACUUCAUUAGUGGUUCUAUAGAUGGGAAAGUGCGCAUCUGGGUUAUUCCUGGUUGUCAAGUUGUUGACUGGAUUGACGUGACAGAUAUUGUUACCGCGGUUUGUUAUCGUCCUGAUGGAAAGGGUGCAGUUAUUGGCUCAAUUAAUGGAGAUUGUCGAUUUUAUGAUGCUUCAGAUAACCAUCUGCAACUUAAGGCUCAAAUCUGUUUACAGAGUAAGAAGAAAUCUGCAUGCAGUAGGAUAACUGGAUUUCAGUUUGCUCCUGGGGACCCGGAUAAAUUGAUGGUUACUUCUGCUAAUUCACAAGUUCGAAUCCUCCACAAUGUUGAUGUGGUAUGCAAAUUUCGAGGCCUGCGGAAUGCAGGGAGCCAGAUAUCUGCAUCAUUCACCUCAGAUGGAAUGUGGAUUGUUUCAGCAAGUGAGGAUUCUAAUGUCUAUGUGUGGAACAACAUUAGCCAGGAUGGUCUGGUUCCCCAAGCAAAAAACAAUUGGUCUUGUGAACGAUUUUUCUCAAAUAAUGCAUCAGUCGCCAUACCUUGGUGUGGCAUGACAUCUAUAAACUCUAUUUUCUCAACUAUGGCAGGAGGUAUGCCAUCCCCCAAAGUUUCUUCUAGCACAUGGACAUGUAAUGGGAAUGCUGGGGUACUGCAAUCUGAGUCGGGUGAGAGCUCUCUACACAAAUCUCCAUUCUCCACUUCUGAACGUUCUUCUCUAGGCCAUGGAUUUUUCUCAGAAUCUUUGUCCAGGGGUACUGCAACCUGGCCAGAGGAAAAGCUCCCCCCUCCAAACUCCUUGGUUGUGUCUUCUGCGAUGUGUAAAUCUCAUUAUAAGUUGCUUAAGACUUCUUGUCAGAGUGCACUUGAUUCUUCUCAUUCAUGGGGCCUCGUAAUUGUAACAGCUGGUUGGGAUGGACGGAUCAGAUCAUUCCAAAAUUAUGGGUUACCAAUCCAUCUUUAGCCUUCGUUGAGAUGACUUCAAAAUUUUGCUGUUUGAUUUAAGAAUUACGUCACAGGUAUUGAAGCUUUUGUUGUCCAGGUUAAAAAUAUUUAUGCUUGGUUGAUUUCCCAGGAUGUGGUAUUGAACUGACAUAUGUAAGCAUGAGCAGUAGAUCUGAUGUCAAGGCGAUCCUUUUCCUUUUCCCGGCCAACCAAGGUUGUCAGGUCUGUUACAGUGGAAUUAGAUCUUAGUUUAAUCAACAUUCUUUUCUUGUGCUUUAGUGGAACUGGAUGUCUCGAAAAUGGGCAGUUGGAUUUAAUCGGAUAUCAUUCUUUAAUUUGGUAAAGUGAAAAUCCAAAUUACAGGGUCAUGCCAAUCGGUCCUAUUUGAAGUUUUCUAUAUUGCUAUACAACUGGAGAUGUUUUGGUGGGGUCUUUAGGAGACAACUCUUAGGUCAGGGUAUGGAAGGAGGAGAAUUAUAGCUGGUGGUCAAGAGUGGCUUCUGAAAAAGCCAGUGGGGUUUGUUUACUUUCAUGAUUUGUUGGGUAAUUGAAUAAGAAUUGGCAGUCAGUGGUGUAACAGGUUUUGGACCGUAGUGGCUGCUGCUUGCAUUUGUCAAAUCACUGGUCUGUUUAUUUCCAUAUUCGACUGAUAUGCUACAUUUGGAUUGUUGUUCUUGUGGGUAUUAAAGCCAAAGCAAAUCUUCUGUCUUCAAUCUGUGAGAGGUAUUUGGUCUGGAAAACAUUGGCUUUGUUAGCCUCAAACCCCUUGUGAUGAAGGUAAGCAUUAAGUAGUCAUACUUUAGUAGUAAUUAACAAGCUUUGUAUUUAAUUUUUUUUCAUUGCCCUUGGGAACCAAUUGCAAGGGUUGAAUAUAGAAAAAAAUUUUGCAUAUAAAUUAUCUUCUGUUGUUUGGUGAAAAAGGAACCCAUUCGCCAUUGCAACUGAAAUAUACUUUUGAAAAGAAAAUGAAAAUUACAAAUGUUCGAGUUGGA